CCGUGCCACCCAGUUAGGCUUUUUUUUACCUCCAGCUCCCUGCAAAGAAACAAGAGUGCUAAUACCGGCAAGGCUCCAGGGGAUCAUAACUUCACGGCUUACUUUGAUGAUUAUACUGAAAUAUUCGUGAUGGGUGGCAACAGUACCAGCAAUGCUGAGACUGACUGCAAUGUCACUAAUGUGACAUUUCAGUACUCCCUUUAUGCAACCACCUACAUCCUCAUAUUCAUCCCUGGUCUUCUGGCCAACAGUGCAGCCUUGUGGGUUCUGUGCCGCUUCAUCAGCAAGAAAAAUAAAGCCAUCAUUUUCAUGAUCAACCUCUCUGUGGCUGACCUUGCUCACGUGCUGUCCUUACCCCUCCGGAUUUACUAUUACAUCAGCCACCAUUGGCCUUUCCAGAGGGCCCUUUGCCUGCUGUGCUUCUACCUGAAGUAUCUCAACAUGUAUGCCAGCAUUUGCUUCCUGACGUGCAUCAGCCUUCAGAGGUGCUUCUUUCUCCUCAAGCCCUUUAGGGCCAGAGACUGGAAGCGUAGGUAUGAUGUGGGCAUCAGUGCUGCCAUCUGGGUCAUCGUGGGGACAGCCUGUUUGCCAUUUCCCAUCCUGAGAAGCACAGAUUUAGCCAACAACACUGAGUCCUGCUUUGCUGAUCUUGGUUACAAGCAAAUGAAUGCAGUGGCUUUGGUUGGGAUGAUUACAGUUGCUGAGCUGUCAGGAUUUGUGAUCCCAGUAGUCAUCAUCGCAUGGUGUACCUGGAAAACUACUAUAUCCCUGAGACAACCACCAAUUGCUUUGCAAGGAAUUGGUGAGAGGCAGAAAGCACUGAGGAUGGUUUUCAUGUGUGCUGCAGUCUUCUUCAUCUGCUUCACUCCUUAUCAUAUUAACUUUAUUUUUUACACCAUGGUAAAGGAAACCAUCAUUAGCAGUUGUCCCAUUGUCCGAAGCACCCUGUAUUUCCAUCCUUUUUGUCUAUGCCUCGCAAGUAUCUGCUGCCUUUUGGAUCCAAUUCUUUAUUACUUCAUGGCCUCAGAGUUUCGUGACCAACUAUCCCGCCAUAGCAGUUCUGUGACCCGUUCCCGCCUCAUGAGCAGGGAGAGUGGUUCAUCAACGGUUGGCUAAAAAUAAAACAACUCUUCAAUUAUGACUUUGUUUAACUAUGUUCCCUUGCUUUUUCCAAAGGCCAGAAUGACCAGCCAGACAAUUUCUUUAAUCGAUCUUUGGAAACAACAUGAAUAUCUUGUUGUAUGAUAGUUGUGGUCGCAGGGGUGUGAUGGUGGAGGCAGAGUGUGAAAAAUGUGGGAGAGGAAGGGAAGAUGGAAUUUGCCUGUUUCUUCUUUGAAAUUCAAGGCACUUUUUUAUUUAGGAAACCUAGAUCAAGUUUUUACAGGUAUUUUCAACCAAAUGGAAAUUGGAUAUUUUAUCUUAAACGUUUCUUCAGUAAAUAUGAUGUUAGUAAGAUACAAUAAAUACAUGAAUCUUUUAUAGUACAUGAAUCUUUUAUAGAACGUAAAAGCAAAUCUCUUUCAUAUGAAGACCUUUAUUUGUGAAUGAGAGGAAAAAUAUCCAGUCUUUCUAAGAGAUAAAUGCACAGGCAAGGGGGAGUGAAGAUUGAAGCAGUGUGCAUAAAUUUUAAGACCCCAAAUCUAUUACUGAAUAAAGAGCAUGGGAAUUUGUUCAUUCACUGAAAAUGUAUUGGAUAUCUAUUGUAUUCUAGGUUCCCACUUUCUUAGGUACUUACACAUGUAGGAUCUCAUCUGGCCGUUUAAUAAACUUGUGGAAAUUUCCAAUACAAAUGAAUAAAUGGAACCUCAAAGAAGUGAAGCAGCUUGC